GCUGUUGAAAAACAUGGUUGACAAGUUCCAAGAAAAGUGAAAUUUUGUGCAUAAUAAACACAAUUUUGUCACUUCAGAGGACGCGUUUGGCGUUUUACCUGUGCGAGUGAAUUAAGCAUGGGUGGGGGCACAAAGAGAGAAAAGAAAUCAAAAGGAAAAAAGUCGAAGAAGUCCAAAAAGGCUGCAGAUUCAUACGAACCGGACGAUGAGGACUCCAAUUAUGGAGAUGAUGAGCCAGUAGGCGAUAAAGGUCUGGUCCCAGAGGUAGCCAAGCAGAAUGCAGAAGAAGCAAUCACUGCCCCUGAGGAUGAAUAUGGUGCUAAAGAUUACAGGUCUCUUCUCAGUUUGAAGUUGGAUCACAAUGCCAGACCUAUCUGGGUGGCACCAAAUGGUCACAUAUUCCUGGAGGCGUUUUCACCGGUCUACAAACACGCACAUGAUUUUCUCAUAGCAAUAGCAGAGCCCGUGUGCCGACCAGAGCAUAUCCAUGAGUAUCGGCUGACAGCCUACUCCCUGUACGCAGCUGUGUCAGUCGGCCUGCAGACUCAGGACAUCAUUGAAUACCUGAAGAGGUUGAGCAAGACUACUUUACCAAAUGGUAUCGAGGAAUUCAUCAAGUUGUGUACCCUGAGUUAUGGAAAAGUGAAGCUCGUCCUGAAACAUAAUCGAUACUUUGUUGAAAGUCAAUUCCCGGAGGUGCUGCAAAAACUUCUGAAAGAUCCCGUCAUUCAGGAGUGUCGUCUUAAAGCGGGGACUGGUGCUGAUGGUGAUUUAGAGGAGUCUCAGUUGACGGCAAAAUCGGCACUCAAGAUCAACAAGCCAGGCCCAAGUACAUCAGCUGAUGGUACCAAUGGUGACGAAACUAUGAACAACGGCGACAGCAAACCGGAAGAAACUAUCCCGUCAGACAUUUUCGACUUUUACGAAAAAAUAGACAAAGAUGAUGAUGAUGAUGAUGCUGAGGACUUGAAGAUUGUCUCAUUCGAAGUCAGUCAGGAGAAUAUUGAAGUUUUACAGAAAAGAUGUAUUGAGGUGGAGCACCCUCUUUUGGCUGAAUAUGACUUCAGAAAUGACACCAGAAAUCCUGAUAUCAACAUUGAUUUGAAGCCCAGCACAAUGUUGCGUCCAUAUCAGGAGAAAAGCCUCAGGAAGAUGUUUGGAAAUGGACGUGCCAGAUCUGGGGUCAUUGUAUUACCAUGUGGUGCUGGCAAGACACUAGUGGGAGUGACAGCUGCCUGCACUGUGAGGAAAAGGUGUCUCUGCUUGUGUACGUCUGGGGUCGCAGUCGAGCAGUGGCGGUCACAGUUCAAGAUGUGGUCAACUGCCGACGACAGCAUGAUCUGUCGGUUUACAUCCGAUGCCAAGGAUAAGCCUAUGGGCUGCUCUAUCUGUAUCAGCACGUACUCGAUGAUUGCUCAUUCGACCAAGAGGUCCUGGGAGGCUGAGCAAGUCAUGCAAUGGAUGCAGACACAGGAGUGGGGACUCAUUGUCCUUGACGAGGUCCACACAAUUCCAGCUAAGAUGUUCCGACGUGUGUUAACGAUCGUCCAGGCUCACUGCAAACUUGGUCUGACAGCAACGCUAGUUCGAGAAGACGAUAAGAUUACAGAUCUGAAUUUCCUCAUCGGACCAAAAUUGUACGAAGCGAACUGGCUAGAACUGCAGAAGAAGAACUAUAUUGCUAAGGUGCAGUGUGCGGAGGUUUGGUGUCCGAUGACGCCCGAGUUCUACCAGGAAUAUCUCAACACACGGACGAGGAAGAAAUUGUUGCUGUACGUGAACAACCCGAACAAGUUCCGAGCGUGCCAGUUCUUAAUUCGCUUCCAUGAGAGAAGAAACGACAAAAUCAUCGUGUUCUCUGACAAUGUGUUCGCAUUGAAAGCUUAUGCAACAAGGAUGAACAAGCCCUACUUGUAUGGUCCAACCUCACAAGGAGAAAGGCUGAAUAUUCUUCAGAACUUCCAACACAACCCAAAAGUCAACACAAUAUUCGUCUCAAAGGUUGCCGAUAACUCGUUUGAUUUGCCGGAGGCGAGUGUCUUGAUCCAGAUCUCAUCCCAUGGUGGCUCCAGACGUCAGGAGGCACAGAGACUUGGCAGGAUCCUCAGGGCUAAGAAAGGUGCUGUGGCCGAAGAAUAUAACGCAUUCUUCUACUCCCUCGUCUCCCAGGAUACGAUGGAAGUGCACUAUGCCACCAAGCGACAGCGUUUCCUUGCCAACCAGGGAUACAGUUACAAGGUUAUCACGAAGCUGGCUGGAAUUGAGGAGGAAGACCUUGCUUUUUCAACCAAAGAGGAGCAAGCCCAGCUGCUGCAGAAAGUCCUUGCCGCCAAUGAGGAUGAAGCUGAGGAGGAAAAAGAUCCUGCUGGUCCUCCACAGUCAAAGACCGUUUCAAAGGUCAUACGUCGUAUUGGUAACAUGAGUUCCAUGUCGGGAGCAGAUGACGCCAUCUAUAUGGAAGUAACAAAAGCACAAAGCACGAAGACGUUACAUCCACUCUUCAAGAGGUUCAAAACGAAGAAAUGAGAACUUGUUGCAACAACACUUGGGGUGUGUUGGCUUCAGAAAGACUUUACCUGGAGGUUUGAUCUGAGCCUGGCGUAUGAGUGACAGAUUAGAACCAUCCCAUUGCCAUAACCCCAGACAAACUGUGUUUCGGAUCAAAGUGCUGAAAACUGUGUUCAUUGUGCAUAUAUAUGAUCAUUGUAAUGAAUGUACAAAUCUAAUUGUUGAAGAAGAAGUCUUCAGUUUGUGAAAGUGAUGUUCUUUGUAAUAAAAGGUUUCUUGA